AACCCUUCUGGCCCAGCGCAGAGAGGCUGAGAGUAUGGAGCUCCUGCGAGUCCCAGGAUGGCUCAGCUUCUCUCUGGCGAUAUCUGUUGCCCUGAGCUUCAAGCAAGCCCUGGGGACCUUCAGGGCCUGCAGAGAGCUUACUGUCACCAGCUUCUCCAUCCACUCAGCCAUUGUGUCCCGCUAUAGCCACACCCAGGUUGUGUCUGUCAUGACCAACCCACAUCCUGAGGCCCUGGAGGCUGUCUUUGACCUGGAUCUCCCCAGCCUGGCCUUCAUUUCCAACUUUGCCAUGACCAUCAAUGGCAAGGUCUACCCAGCUGAAGUCAAAGAGAAGCACCAGGCUAAGAAAAUGUAUGAGGAAGCCCGAAAACAAGGGCAAAUGGCCACCCAUGUGGCUAGUCGAGGCGAUGAGGUCAAGAAGUUCCGCAUUUCUACAAGUGUGGCUGGGGGUGGAGAGGUGGCAUUCACCCUGACCUAUGAGGAACUGCUCCCUCGCCUCCUUGGGAAAUACCAGCAUGCUGUGAGUGUUAGACCUGGCCAAGUGGUACCAAAUCUCCGCGUGGAAGUGACCAUUUCGGAGAGGACUGGCAUCGACUACAUCCAUGUGCUGCCCCUCCAAAGCAGCCACCUGCUGACCAACAUCGUUAGAGGUGAAGCCGACUUACCAACAUCCACCACGAUUGAGAAGGAGAAGACCUGUGCACGAGUCAUCUUCAUGCCCAGCCCAAGUGAACAGGCCGCCUACUCCAGCCAGGGGAUCACAGGGGACUUUGUGAUCCAAUAUGAUGUGACUAUGAAGGAUGUCAUCGGUGACGUGCAGAUCUACGAUGGCUAUUUUGUUCACUACUUUGCCCCCAGAGACCUGCCUCGUCUGCCAAAAAAUAUUGUCUUCGUGAUCGAUGUCAGUGGCUCUAUGACCGGAAUGAAGCUGAAACAGACCAAGAAGGCUAUGCAUGUGAUCCUGGGGGACCUGUGCCCAAAGGACCACUUCAACAUUGUGACCUUCUCUGACACCGUGCACAUCUGGAAGGCGGCUGGUUCCAUUCAGGCCAUACCCCCAAACAUACAAAGAGCCAAGGCCUACGUCAGCAGAAUGAAGGCAGCCAGAUAUAAGUAUAUGAGUUCUCCCUUCCUGCUCCCUCUCCUCUGGGGGUUGCCAAGGCCCCAGUCAGUCUCAGAUGUCAAUGCUAUGUUCACUGAAGAUCCCCGACCAGUUGCAGCCCGCCAAAUGUCCCUGUUGAAGCCUUGCUAUCCUGCUCCGUGGACAGACAUGAACGCAGCCCUCCUGGCAGCAGCCUCCAUCCUGAACCAGAGCAUUGCAGGACCCCUAGGAGAGGCUCGUCUGAUCAUCUUCCUCACUGAUGGGGAACCCACGGCAGGCGUGACCUCACCUGCCCGCAUCCUUGCCAACGCCCAGAGGGCCUUGGCUGGCCAGGUGGCCCUCUUUGGCCUGGCUCUGGGUGACGAUGCUGACCUGCCCCUUCUACGCCGCCUCUCGCUGGAGAACCGAGGCACCGCUCACCGUAUCCGAGAGGACCACGAUGCUGCCUCACAGCUGAAGGGUUUCUAUGACCGCAUCGCCUAUCCCCUGCUAUCUGACAUCCACCUCCACUAUCAGGCCAGGCGAGCUGGGGGGGCCAGUCCACCAUGGAGCCACUUCCCCAACUACUUCAAGGGCUCUGAGCUGGUGGUGGUGGGCCAGUUAGCCAAGAGGGAGCCUGAGCUCCAAGUGCACCUGGAGGCCCCGGGCCCAUACAACCAUCUGUUCACAGCAGCCUUGAGGGAGGAGGCUGCCAGUGGCAGGGAGCCAACAUUUGGCUGCCUAUCCCAAGGGGAGCUCGCCUUAGGCCAAGGAUUUCUCCCCUGCCUUUGGGCCUAUGUGACCAUUCAGAGACUACUGGAGGGCCGCCUUGAGGCCAAUGACUCCACCCACCGAAGCGUACUGGUUGAAAAGGCCCUCAACCUCUCUCUGCAUUUCCAUUUUGUGACACCCCUGACCUCACUCGUUGUAGUGAGGCCAGAAGAGGAGGAUGAAGGGAAGCAGGGCCCACAUGCCUCCCUCACAACCACAGACUAUCCUGUGACUACAGGGAAGUCCCCAAGGCCUCUGAUCCUGAUGGGCCCCACCGAGCCCCUGCUCCAGGAAGCAAAAUUCACCACCACUUCACCUGGGCCCUCAUCCACAGCCAAAGUGGGGACCCCCAGGGUCACCAAGCAGAAUCUGACUCCACCUAUCCCCUGGGUGAAUCGGGCUCAUGGUGAUCCAUGGUCUGUGAAACUCAGAGUCCCUUCAUUCCCCAAGACUGGCUCCUUGUCUCCUCCCAGAGUGGGCCCCACCACUCAUCUGAGUUCUGUCACCCCAUCACUUCUUACUUCCUCCCAAACUGGAACGCUAUUACAUGCCAAACCAAAAAGUUCACCACAGUACAAUUCUGGCUCCCUGGCUCCCCCUAGAUCAGGCUUCUUAACAACCCCGAAACCUAGCACCCAAAUUCACCCAAGUCCCAACAUCCUAGUAGCCCUAAAUGGGCCACUGGUCUCCCCAUCUCCUCCCAAAGCCAUUUCUCCAUCUCUCCCCAGAACUGGCUUCAUGGUUCACCUAAAGGCUGGCAUUCCCGUAUCUUCAUCGCUCCAAAAACAGGUUUCUCCAGGUCCCCCUAAAACUGGAUCCUCAUCCCACCCAAAUGACAAGACUCCAAACCCCAACUCUUCAUAUUUUCCCAAAUCAAACACCCUGUUUUCCCCCAAACUGGGCCAUCUUUUUUUCCCAAGAACUCGAGCCCCAUCAUCUCCUAAGCCAAAUGUCCUACCUCAACACAAUCCAUCCUCUCCGAAAUCUGAUACCUUAUGCCCCUAUGAUUCUAGAUUCCAGUUUCCCCCCAGACCUGGCACCCCAGAUCCCCCAAAUCUGACAUAUGAUCCCCACAAAUCUGGCUCUUCAUCUCCCCCUAAAGCCCAAGGUCUGUCCCAACCUAAUCUGAGUGUUCCAUCCCAGCAUACUCCCCCCAAAUGGGAUCUGCCAGCCUCCCAUAGUCUGAGGUCCCCUUCACUCCCUAGACCUGCCACCCUGUUUUUCCAGAGUGUCACAACAAGUCCUCAUAUGUCCUUAGUGUGGGAUUCUAGCACCUCAUCCCCCCCCAUCUCGGUUCCCCACCUCUCCCCCAAACAGGAGUGCUAUCAUACCCCAAACUUAGUGCUCUGGCCCAAUCUGAUCCUAACCUCCAGUCUUCCCCCAGACCUAGUUCCUUCUCUCUCUAUUCUGAGCCCCCCCCCCCCACCCUAUAACUUGAGCACACCUGAGAUCAUCAAAGUCCUUGUUCUCCCUGAGGAACCAGGCCAACUUCUGGAAACCCUACCGGAUUCAGGAUUCUUAGAGUCCUUGAAGCCACCCAUUAUCCACACAUUCCCUGAAACCCAGAGCCAAGGCAGUAGACGUGUAUCUGGACCCCUUCUGAAUUCAUUCACAAACUCAUCUUGCAGGGCCAAGUCUUUAGGAAGGUCCCCGACUUUCAAGGAAAGCAAGACAGAAUCUCAAAGACCUAGCAGAGGCUGGGCUGGGCUGGGGCUGGGGAUGCAAGAUUCUCCUCCGAGGAGACAAACUGGGGAAUCUGAUCACCCUCUUCCAUCAUCCCUUAAAUCCCCAGGGAUCCAAGACAAGCCUCUGAAAUCCCCGGUGGUUUUUGCCUUCUCUUCUUCAGUGGACGGGGAUCCACAUUUUGAGAUCCAGCUACCAAACUCAAAGAGCAGAAUCUGUUUCACGGUGGAUGGAAGGGCAGGGGACACACUUCAGCUCAUCAGAGAUCCCGUGGCAGGGCUGCAGGUCAGUGGCCACCUCCUGGGGGCCCCUCCAAAGGCAGGCCAUGAGCACCGGACUCGCACCUACUUUGACAGGAUCACAGUGACUGUGGGGAGACUCCAAGACCCUUUCAUCAUCCAUGUGAGCCCACACCAGGUCAGCCUGGAGAUGGAGGGAGUGACAAAGAGACUCAGCUGGGACCAGCCCCUUCUCAUCCUGCAGCACAGGCCUGGGCUGGAGCUGAUUCUGCAGCACAAGAGCACCCUCACCAUCCGGCUCAGCCUGCACCUUGAGUUCCUUAUCAGGAGGCAUCGGGACAGGCACCCCACACCUCUGAGGCUCCCCCAUCUUGGUUUCUACAUAGUCAGUGGGCAAGGCCUGAGUCAGUCUGCCCAGGGCAUCCUGGGACAAUUCCAGUACCUGGACCUUCUUGUGAAGCAAACAGUCAGUGGGGCUUGGCUGGAAAGGCCCCAGGGCCCCAGUGUGCCUCUGGUCUCUACUAGCCCCGACAGGGACUUGCUGUCUAGGGCCCCCUGCUGGAGGGUGAAGCAUCAGGAUGUGGAGAAGCUGCUGGGUAGUCCCUACAGAGCCUUUGUCCUCUGAGAGGCAGCUGCUUUCUUUGGGAAGACCACCUUGCCCUAAAGCCCAACCUGCCAUUGGACCCUGAUGUCUUUGCUGCCUA